AAAAAGAGAGUUUAAAAAUUAUACAGAUAUGUUUCGUAUUAGAUGUUUCCUGAAGCAAGAAUUAAGAUAUUUGAUAUUAAAAACGAUAGACCGUAAAAUUUCAAGUUCAAUAUAUGUAAAGUUUCCAGUUAAAGAAAUAAUUAAGCAAAAACAAGUUAAAUAUGAAGAUAUUUGUCGAAAAGAAAUAUUAUAUUUGCCACAUAAUCCUAAAGAAGUGGGAAAUGUUGUUAAAAAGUCAUUUUUUAAACGUGCAGAUAAAGGUCUUUAUGCCAAUCGUUGUAUUCAAUUUGGUAAUAAUGUUCCAAAAUCAAAACAUAAAACCCGAAGGAAAUGGCUUCCAAAUAUUCAGAAAAAGUUAAUUUAUAGUAAAGCAUUAGAUAAACUUGUUCAAUUAAAAGUUUCAACCCGUGCACUUCGAACAAUUGCAAAAGUAGGUGGAUUAGAUGAAUAUCUGACAGGAAAUAAAUCUGCAAGAUUAAAAGAAUUAGGUAUGCGUGGCUGGGAACUUCGAGAGAUGGUAUUGAAAGCACGAAAGAAUAAAGAAACUUCUGUAGAUGAUUCGAAAGAUAAAAAAUCCUCAUGA